AACAGAUGACAUUAAUCCGACCGGGUUGGAAUCAUUGGAUCCGCAAAGUACCGAAAUCCUAAACUCACAACAUUCGAAUGGACGAUCUACUGCUCUCUCUCUCUCUCUCUCUCUCUCUCCCCCUCUUUCGCUGAGGAUUGUUCAGGAACAUGCUAAUGAUACUUUUGGCUCCUAAGUUCUAUUUUGAUAAUUGGUAUUGGAUCAUCUAGUACUGUUAGUACACUGGUGAAAUCUGUCCAGUCAUUAAUUGUAUGAUAUGAUAAUGUUGAAGCGUGGAAGCAAGUUAAAGGCAUGGCGUGGACAUCAAAUUUGUCGGGUGCCAGUUGUGAUUACUUGUCUGGUUUUGAUCCUCCUGUUUUUAAUAUCAGUAUUUUACAAUAAUGGAAAAAAAUCCCGUCCUUCACUUGGAUUUACAGCACAAAAAUGGGAUAAUUUUGAUUCUGUACAGUUCAACUCCACUAAAGAAUUCAGAAAUGGAACAGAUGUGAUAUGGCAAAUACCUGAUUCACCUAAAGCAGUUCUCUUUUUGGCUCAUGGAUGCAAUGGUCGAGCUGUUAACUUUUGGGACAGAUCUUCCAGCUGCCCUAACUGCAUCGGUUUACCUGAGGAAAGGCUACUUGUUCUUCAUGCCCUUGCUAAGAGAUUUGCUGUUCUUACCAUAUCAAGCAUGGGGAGGUGCUGGACAUUUGGGGAGGAAAUGUUGAUCGUUAAGAAUAUCAUAAAAUGGUGGUUGCAGAAGCAUAAGCUUGAAAAGCUUCCACUUGUUGCUUUGGGGGCCUCUUCUGGUGGGUACUUCGUUUCUGCACUUGCCACCACUAUGAGAUUUAGCAGCAUUACACUUAUGAUAGCUGAAGGACUAUUUGAUCAAAUGGAUAUCAGCGAAAAUUAUCCUCCGACACUUUUUGUGCACAUGCCCAGAGAUUUAUACAGACAGCAAAAGAUAAGUGAAUUCAUACAAGUUCUGAAGAAUAUCGGCAUUGAUGUUGCCGAGGUUGAAUGCAUUGAGUUCCCUUUAUCCCCAUCUUUCUUGGCGGAUCGAAUUCCGGGACUUGAUCGAACUGUGUCUGCUAAGCUGUUUGCGCAAUUCCAGGACAAAGGCUUCAUCGACAAGAAUGGAUACAUGAAGAAAGAUGGGCGUGCUACCCAUUGGAAAAAAGCUCUUCUUGAAACCAAGGACAUUAUGCUGGAUAAACGUUUGGUUCAACAUGUACAGGAGGAACUAAAUCUUGCAUUUGCAUACCAUGAAAUGACUAGUAUGCAGUCUGACCAGAUAUUUAAAUGGUUUGAGUCUCAUAUGAAGUGAUUAAGACUCAAGUGAAAACUCUCUC